AUGUAUCAUGCCAUUAAAGAAUGGGGUGGAACUCCUUUUGGUUUUAUUGAUGAUGUGACUAUUACCGUUGAAGGUAAAAUUGAAGAAAAUACCAAAAGCUUAAGCAACAUAUUAGAAAAAUGUUGUAAUUGGGCUAAAUCAAGAAUGACCAAAAUUGAUUUGGGUGAUAAAUUGGGUUUUAUUCAUUUUACAAAAAAUGUGAAACCUAAAGAUGAGAAAGUGCAACUUACUUUACCUAAUGGAGAACUUCGUGAACCCCAGAAGGAAGUUAAAUUGCUUGGAAUUACUUUGAACAAUCUGCUUGAUUUUAAAUCUCAUAUUUUGAAUAAAAUCAAUAAAGCAAGAAAAGCUGUUGGUGCUAUUUGGCAUCUUGGUGGCGUGCAAAAAGGUAUGCGAGGGUCUGCAGUCAGAUCACUGUAUAUUGCUUGCGUGAGACCAAUUGUCGAAUAUGGCUUAGAAAUUUGGCAUCACAAAAUUUUGAAAGGAGAAAUCCACAAGUUGGAAGUAAUGCAGAAUAUGGCUUUAAGAAGAAUUGUUGGUGCUUAUCGCACAACUCCUAUUGCGGUACUACAAAAGGAAGCUGGUAUUAUGCCAUAUAGUAUUAGGCUAAAAUUUAUGGUGGCACGAAAAGCUAUUCGUUUACACCUAAAUAUUAGCAAAACUAAUCCUAUUAAUGGUCAUUUGUUAACAUUGAUUGAGAAAUCUCCAAUUGCAAAGCUAACCACGCUUUACAUGUUGGCGAAAGAUGAUAGAGACUAUAUGAUUAAAAAGGAUGAAAAACGAAAAUGCAAGAGGGUUGAACCUCUUACACUGAAACAACAACAAAAUCAGACGAUUGGAAUUUUGAAAAAACAAGCAAUGGAAGAAUGGCAGGAAAUGUAUUGGAACAGCAGUAAGGAUCUGUGGUAUCAUAAUAUCACAGUGGAGUCGAAAUGUACUGAUAAUCUUUCUAAAAUGGUUACGGGAGUGAUCAUGAAGAAAGAUAGUCGAAGGAUCUUGAGUAAUAUUACUCAGUUUCGCACAGGCCAUGGCAACUUUGGCGCAUGGUUUAAAAAGUUUGGAAUUGAAAAGGAUAGUUACAACUGCAAAUGUGGAGAGCUGGAAACAGUUCAUCACAUUUUAGUUGAGUGUCCUUUGCUUGAAGAGGAAAGAAAAGGACUGAAACGGAUAUCUCCAGAGAUGGACAUGUCGACUCUCUUAAACAGUUUAACUGGCUUACAAGAGAUUGUAAGCUUUAUCUCUGCUUGGAGGGAUUAA